CAUGUGGAGUUACGUUUAGAAGCUGACGACAGCUGGUAAAUGGACGGAGGGCAACGGUAUUGUUAUGGUUUUUAUUAUCGAUUAUGUCGAAUAUAUCGAUUAUGGUUAUGAUUCGAGCGUUUGGACUUUAAGCCUCUGUUUAUUUUCUAAUUAUGGAACAAGGAGGUUCCUACUUUGAGUCAGAACUUGAUUUUUGUCCGGAGUGUGGUACUGUCCUGCCCCUGCCAGGUAUCCAGGAUAAGGUGAUAUGUCCCUGUUGCUCUUUCAACAUUGAUGUGCGAGAGUUUGAAAAGAGAGUCAUCCAUACAUCUGUCACAUUCAACAAAAUAGAUUCCUCUUCUUUGAGUGCAGAGGAAGGAAAAGAAGUUAAGGGUCCACUGAUUGACAGAAAAUGUCCUCGGUGUGGGCAUGAGGGCAUGGCCUACCAUACUCAGCAGAUGAGAUCUGCAGAUGAAGGGCAGACGGUUUUCUACACCUGCAUCCAAUGUUUCAGGAGAAAGAAGAUUCUUAAUCGUGUUUGCCAGAAUACAUGGGAGACAGUACUUAAAACUCCACUCGUGACAGAGAAUCAUUUUUGGAUUUUUAUGAAUAGACUGUACCGUUCUUAGAUGCUUUAGAAGCAUCUCGUUUAAAUUGGAUGAUUGACAGAUGGUGACUGGUUGCACAGUUCAAAUGAAAAUGGAAACAGCAAAAACAGGACCUAACAAAUGGCCUUCCAGAAUUUCAAAUCUCCUUUACCUUUUGAUCAGUGAAAGCACAGUAUUCAUAACAUGGGUUGAGUUGCAAGCGUCUCUUUAUUGCUGCUGUUAUGUGUAUUUAUUUCCCUAUAAAUUCAUGUUUUUAUUGAAUUUUACUGGUUCCUCCUGCUUCUAUAAGCUUCUGAGUUUUUCACAGGACAAGGGACAAGAUUGAUCUUCCACUUUCUUUUGGAUAUGUUAUGGCUUUCGUCAUGCAGGUCUGAAUUCUGUUUCAAAAUGGAAUUAAGAGGAUUCUUUGUGGGAUGGUUGCUUAGCAAUGCAAUUGUAUGACCUCAUUAUAAUCCUAUAUUUUGCAAAA